AUGGAGGCGUAUCAGUCGCUGAGCAAUCGCGUAGCCUCAAUGGAGGAUCUCCUCCGUAGGAGCGAGUCCACUAUGGUGAUGGUGCUGCAGCGUCUCAAAGUGUUGGAGGAACACGCGUCGGCGAGUGAGGUGCGUAAUCGUGGCGAGCAAGCCGCACGGUAUGAAGAAUUCUCAUCCCGGAUGAAUACAGCAAUGGAGAACCAAAACAGCCAAAUUGCUUUUUUGAAGGACGCCAUUAGGCGUCAAUCUUCUUCUUUACAAGUACUGGAGGAGCGAUUGCAGGGUACCUCCAAGGCGUUAGAACAAAAGACGAAUAGUGAUAUCUCUGGUUGCUAUCAACGAAUGCAGACAUCAGAAAAUUCGUUUACGGCGGCGUUACGCAAUUUGGAAUCGUUGUUGCAGUCGCAGUCUUCGGCCAUGAAUUCUUUAGAGCAGAACCUACGUGUUGACAUGCACUCCAUGCAGCAACACACAAAUGGAGAAAUUAUGGGCAUUCGUCAACGGGUUGAGAUGGUGGAAAGCGCACUCAGCAGCUCCUUGAAGGAGUUGCACAAAUCCGUGUCUAAUGAUAUUAGGGCUUUAUCUGAAAAUUUUGUUGCGAAAAUUCAGAAUUCUGUUCAGUCGAUGGAUGCAGCACUGCUUGGAGUGGAUCAGAAGGUUAGGGCAGACAUGCGAUCUCUUCAUGAAUCCUUGGGGAAUGAUAUUUCAGUGGUUAGGCAGAGUGUGAGCGCUGCGGAAGUAAGCAUGCGGGACGCUUUACGAGCUCUUCACGGCACUUUGGCGAAUGAUAUCACGAACAUGUCUUCUCUACAGCAGGAAUUUGAGACGGCCCACCGGGCGGAGUAUCAACGCCUUCUCGCCGAAUUGGCUGCUAAGCGGGAGCGGAUGGAAACGAUUGAUGCCAACUGGCGCUCGAGUGUGGUGGACCUUGGCGACAAGUUGCAGGAUGGAUGGAGAAAUAUUCUUUCCCAAGUGGCGUCAGUCGAUCUGAAACUUCAGCAAAGGGUUUCGCACAUCGGUACGUCUGUCGAAGAAUUGUCAGCUCAACUACGUCGAACUGCGGAGAGCUUGGCACAUUCACUGGAGGUCAAAAUGAAAUCCCUGGAAAAUCUUUCUGAGGAUGUGACCAAUGGCAAAAAGUUCAUGAAUGCAUUGCAGGAAGACCAGCAACGCUUACGUGAGGAACUUAAAGGGUUCUCAGCCUUGGUGGAGCGUAGUGGAGGGCAGCUGCGUUCGUUGUUGGAGGCUGCUGUUCAGGCUUCCCACAGCGAUCUGCUUGAAAGAAUAAAACCCCUUUUAAGCUACCGCUCUGAGAUGCACGCCGCAGUAGCGGCUGCACUUAACAAACUCUGGAGCGAGGCAAACCGUGUCUUCACUUCCCAUGGCGACAUGGAUGCUCUUCAAAAUCAGAUCCAAGUCCUCGACGACGCCGUGCGCAAUGAGGUUUCUCUACUGAUCGAGAAGGGGCGGGUGUUGGAGCGCCGUGUGGAGGAUCAGCGGCGGCUUGACGUAGUCACGGAGAACCGUGUGUCAAUAAACCCGGAAUCAGGGGCUCUCAUGCCUUUGCCAGUCCUCGAUGAGCUGAACAAUGUGUGGGUUGAGCUUCGCAACCUUCAAAAACACAUGGGCAUGCCCAGGGAGGAGGUUCUCUCUGUCAUCAGCGAUACCCGCAAGCAGCUCUUUGACGUCGCGCUGAACGUUGCAAAAAGUAACGAAAAAGAGUUCCGCGACAUUCUUUCUCAGGUAAAAAAGGAUGUUUGCGAGAUACUCUCACAUUCCAAUAGGCCCAACGGCGUUGGCAAUAGUAACGAGGCUGGGAACAAUGCUCACAAACCAAAACGAACAAUUGUGCGUGUGGUAUCCCAAAACCCUCCAAAUCCACCGUCGAGCAAUGAGCUUCCGCCCGUUGUGAGAAUUAGGAAGGGACCAAACUCUUAUUCACUAGCGGAACUACAACCGAAAGGAACAGCAAAUGAUUUGCAAGAAGCACCCUCUCGGCCACGUACUAGAGCUGUUGAGGCUGCUACGCACCUCCCGUCCGUGAUUCAUCCUUCUUCAGAACCACCAGGUUUUGUAUCAACCGCAUCGUCUCUUUGUACCACCCCCUCACCUACUUAUCAAUGA